GUACAGGUUUACAACGAUUAACCUCUGUCUGUCUGGUCUGGCUAGAGCCCUUUCAUCUCUAUAGAGUAUAUCACCACCAUUUACGUUCAUCUAUGAUCUCGCUAUAGAAUCAUCCCACCUCUUGCUUCUCUCUCUACAACCCAUCUUCAUUUGCUACGAACAUGGCAGCAAUUGCAGCGGCAGCUGUUAUCGUCCCGCUCGGUGUUCUUUUUCUCAUCUCCGGUCUCGUGGUUAAUCUUUUGCAGGCAAUUUGCUUCGUUCUUGUUCGACCAUUUUCAAAGAACACUCACAGAAGGAUCAAUAGAGUGGUUGCAGAGCUGUUGUGGUUGCAGCUGGUUUGGCUUGUAGAUUGGUGGUCAGGGGUUCAGAUUAAUCUUUUCACAGAUUCAGAAACUUUUAGGAAAAUGGGGGAAGAGCAUGCACUUGUCAUAUGUAAUCACAAAAGUGAUAUAGAUUGGCUCGUUGGAUGGAUUUUGGCUCAGAGAUCAGGCUGCCUUGGGAGUGCACUAGCUGUCAUGAAGAAAUCAUCAAAACUUCUUCCAGUAAUAGGUUGGUCAAUGUGGUUUUCUGAAUAUCUAUUUCUCGAAAGAAACUGGGCUAAAGAUGAAAGUACAUUAAAGACAGGUCUUCAGCGACUGAGUGAUUUCCCUCAGCCAUUUUGGUUGGCACUUUUUGUGGAGGGUACUCGCUUCACAAAGGCAAAGCUUUUGGCUGCUCAAGAGUAUGCUGCUUCAAUGGGAUUGCCAGUUCCAAGAAAUGUUUUGAUCCCUCGUACUAAGGGGUUUGUUUCUGCUGUAACUCAUAUGCGCUCUUUUGUUCCUGCGGUCUAUGAAGUAACAGUUGCCAUACCUAAAACUUCUCCUCCACCCACAAUGUUAGGACUCUUCAAGGGGCAGCCAUCUGUGGUUAAUGUGCAUCUGAAGCGUCAUUUGAUGAAGGAUUUGCCUGGAACAGAAGAUGAAGUUGCACAAUGGUGUAGAGACAUAUUUAUUGAGAAGGAUAAAAUGUUGGACAAGCAUAACGAGGAUGAUACAUUCCCGGAUCAAAAACAAAAUAUGGGACGUCCACUCAUUUCUCUUGUGGUGAUUGUGUCGUGGGCAUGUCUGCUUGUGUUUGGGGCAAUUAAAUUCAUGCAGUGGUCGAACCUUCUAUCCUCAUGGAAAGGUAUCGGUGUAUCAGCAAUCGGAUUGGGUGUGGUUACAUUUCUCAUGCAGAUCUUGAUUCAAUUCUCUCAGUCCGAGCGCUCAAAUCCAGCCAAGGUUUCAGCCCCAUCUAAUAUUAAGCCCAAGAAUGUUGUGGAGCCUUCGCCAACUACACAAAAUGAUAAACCACACUAAAAUAUCACAACUUUUUGCCCAUGGUUUCUAUAUAUGCCCGCCCAAUGAGUGGUAAAUACCUACGGAUCUAGUUAUGAUUUCUCACUCAACUCUUUCAAAUAUUUAUGUUGUGUAGGGUUAAAUUUGGAACCUCUUUUUUAAACGCAGUUGUUGUAACAAAAGAACAACUUUUAUGCACGUCCGACUUACACUGUUGUAGGUUGAAUAUGUAUUAGUGUUAUUUAAUCUUUUUCUUAACCAGGUCAGGUCUCAAGUAUCAUCUUAAUAGAGUUGGUGUUUAAUUAUAUAAUUUAUCAU